ACAUUUGUGUCUUCUCGAACGCAGUUCAAUGGACAAUUUUCAAUGGCCGUUCUCACUUGAUUCUAGCACGGUACGUAAUACGUGUAUCGGAGGAGUCUCGUUGCAUCUCGUCGUAUUUUGAGCUUUUUUAAUCGAACGAUUCAUAUUACCGUUUCGUCGCGAUCGCAUAAUAAUUAUUGAUUAUCAAUUCAGCCAUCGAUAUUCAUUCCCCUGUAUCGUCGCCACGCUAUCUCGCAAAGUUGCAAACGGUCAUCCUCGCAAGUACAAUGGCCGAUAUGGAAGGCAAGAAGCUGACCGAGCUUCGGGUUAUAGAUCUUAAGACCGAGCUGGAACGUCGCGGACUCGACAAGUCCGGCAACAAAGCGGCGCUUCUCGAGCGGCUGUCAAAGGCUAUAUCGGAUGAUGGAGACAAUCCUGAAGAAUAUCUCAUCGUGCCAUCUGGUGGACCAAGUAAAGUCAUUCCAAGAAAAAAUAGUGGAACCUUGAAUCAAGAAGAAUCUACUGAAUGUUCUGAUAAUCAGAAAGAAGAAAAUAUUGAUAAACAAGAAAAUGUGGAAAAAUCCAAAGGAGAAAUAAAAACUAUGGCAGAAGAAAAUAUUGAAAAAGAAGUUUCUAUUAAAAAAGAAAUUUCUAUUAAAAAAGAGGAAUUUCAAUCUGAAGUCAAGAAUAAUACUAGUAAGGAAGAAAAUUUUAAACAGGAAAUCAAAAUUCAAGGAGUGAAAGUUGAAGGUGUACAGAGUAAUGACAAGAAUGAAUCAGACAAAAAUAAUACUGCAAACCAAUCCUUAACCGCAUCAUCUGCUACUGUCGAGGCUAACGGAAUUGACAACGAGGACUCCAUUAAUUUGACUAUUGGAGAAGAUGAAGAAAAUCUCCUUGCUGAGGAGACAGAAUCUCACGACAGACACAAGGAUGGUGGAGAGAAGAAGAAAAUAGAAGAGAACAGCAAGAAGGGAGACUCUAAAGGCGGUGGUAGAGCGGAAGCUGGUGCCGGCGGCAAGGAAGGGACGACGUCCGGUGCAAACGUUGGGACGAAGAACAAGCAGGACGGUGGAGAUGGAGGAAGCAAGAGUGCGGAGUCUAGCAAUAAAAGCCAGAAGAGAGACGAAAAGGAUAAAAAGAUAUCUCAGGUCAGUCCAACCAGUGCGAGCAGUCGCAAUCUAUGGGUCUCCGGUUUGUCGUCCAGUACACGCGCAACCGAUUUGAAACAGAUCUUCUCCAAAUAUGGCAAAGUUAUAGGCGCGAAAGUAGUCACCAAUGCGAGAACUCCUGGGGCAAGAUGUUAUGGUUACGUUACUAUGUCUUCAAGCGAAGAUGCAGCAAAAUGUAUACAACACUUACACAGAACCGAGCUUCAUGGACGCGUCAUAUCUGUCGAAAAGGCAAAAGGUGAUACACAGCAAAGUCAUAUACGUAAACGAGAUACUGUUAAUGGUAAAUCAGAGAAAAAAGACGAAAAAGAAAAGCCAAAGGAUCAUGACGUAAAUGAAAGAAAGGAAAAGGAAGUAAAAAAAGAGAUUGAAGAGAAGGGAUUAGAUGCUGCAAAAAAAUCUGAUGACAAAAAUGAAAAUAUUGAAUCUAAGAAGAUAGAGUUGCAAGAUAAGAAGGAAGAUCUGUCUAAAGAAUCCGAUUCCCGAUCGACGAAAUCCACCAGUAAAAAGCCGGAGAGCGAGAGGGGAAGACGAGAAGAAAAACGGAUUCGUACUUGGGACAGAGAUCAUCGAAGUCACAGUCGAUCUAGAAGCCGCGAAAGACGGAGGCGCGAUGACGUUCUCACAUUUGCAAAGAUAAGAGAAGAACGUGAGCGGCAAAGAUUUCGUGAAAGAGAACGGAUUCUAAGGGAAGAAGAGCGGCGAAGGAGAGAAGACAUAGAGCGUCAGCGAGAGAUAGAACGUAGACAACGAGAAGAAGCCGCGCGCUUGGAGAGAGAAAGAGAGAAGUUGAGGCGAGAGAGGGAGCGGAUCGAACAGGAAAAGGCCGAAUUGUUGCGACUCGAGCGCGAACGGCAGAAGCUUGAAAGGGAGAAACUUGAGCGCGAAAGAUUGGAAUUAAAAAGACAGCAGAUGCGUCUGGAGGAGAGCAGACGUGCACCACCGCCGCCUUCUCUAAAAAGAACAUCUACUGACAGAAGAGAUCCACGGGAUUUGUACGUGGAACCUGACAGGAAACGAAUGAGUACAGAGCAUAGCCGUAGACAUAGUCCGGACAGAGUAGCCGACAGACGAAACGAUAUGUUAGAUCGAGUAUCGGAUAGACGAUUAGAUCCUUCGCCACCUUCUCGAUACGAAUCCAGCAGAUCCGCUCAAGACAUGGGAUUAAAGAAGGAGUUUAAGCGAAGUAGCGAUUUCUCUUCGAGAAGCAGUCGAUCGGAUAGCUUUUCUGAUGUUUCUCGCGGAAGAGAGGUCAUUGUACGUCGAGAAAGUCUGUCCACUGCAUCUUCGUCCAUAGAUCCUCGACAAGUUAAGGAAAGAUACGAUCGUCCAAGUACUACAUCCUAUACUCGCGAACGCGAAGUACGACGAUCCGAGCCUGAGACGCAUCGAACCUCUAGAGACAGUCAUACGCGAUACAGCGAUAGUUUUAAACCGCCAGGAUCUAAUACGCCACGUGAAAGUCGUUACGUAGAAAGCAAUCGUACACCGAGUGGAUGGCAUUCGGGACCUACAUCCUCAAAGUCGUUUAAUUCCGUGACGAGUAGCGGAUCUCGCGAUCCCCGUAGUGAACCUUCUAGCUGGAGUUCUAGGUCGUCUGACAGUGUCAAUAGAUGGAGCAACUCUAGUAGCAUGGGAAAUACAUUGCGACAUCCGAUUCCACCGACGUAUCAGAGCGGACCGAUGCAAUCUAUGGGAUUGACAGCACCAGGAACGGCGCCAUCGUACGAACGGUUUGAUGCGUAUAAAUCGUCCAUGCCUAUGAGAAAAUAUUGAUUAUCUAGACAUGCGAGUUUUCGCGUAUAUCUUAUUCGAAUAAUAUCAGAACGUUUGCGACAGAUUCGUAAGACGUUCUUUGAUAAGUGUAAAUUACACUUUUAAUGUGCACGUUUAAUGUGCAAAUUUAUGUAAUCGCGUUUAUUAAAUUACAACAGAUUAUAAAUUAUUGUUGUGCGAGUUCUUUGCAAUCUUGAAAAUGGAAGAAUUUUUCAAUUAUUGAAAGACUUUUCGCACAAAUAUCAUACCGAUAAUCUUAAAAUAUUGUAUUUGGUUCAUAUAUUGAUUAUGCACAUAUAUUGACAUACAUUCUAUCGAUAUCAAUAUUUUUUAUCGCAAUCCGUAAAAUAUUUGAAUUUCUACAAAGUCCACAUCUCGUGUAUAAUAACGUCAGAGAAGAGUAUUUGUCUUAUAAUCUGUAAUUAGACGCGCUCCUUGUCAUCGGUUCUUUAUUUUAUGUAUCCAUUCGGCAUACAACACAACAUUUCUAACAAUUUUUAACGUGUCUAACGGACUUUUGUACAUGUGUUAAUAGAUCCAUUGUGUCCUCACAAAACAAAAUAUGAUUUAUUUUUUUUUUGUCAAUUUGUAAAUGAUUAUUUGGUUUACGGAUAUUGAUCCUCGAUCAGUGUUGUUUUCACUCAAAGAGCGAUCGAUAUUAAUGAGAGACAUUAAAAUUAUAAGUGCAUCUGUUUAUCUUAAACUAGUGCGUCCUAAUAGAAUAAAAUGAAUGAGUAAUAUACUAAAGGAGCAAUCUAUCGCAUAAUUGUAUUCUUAAGAAAAAUGCGUACUCUCUUUCUCUUUCGGAAUAUAUUGGCGAUCUGUAUAUUGAAUUCCAUCACAGAGGAUAAAUUAUAUGGUAAAUAAUGUGGUAUAUAUAGCGACGCUUACUUUAUACAACAGAACACUCGAUGUAGCAGGAAUUAUCACAACGUAAAUAAAUUUAGAUAAUACUA